ACUGCUGCUGUGAUCUAUUCCUUUGCUCGCAGUUUUAUUCUGCAGAUUGGUUUAGACUCGAGCAGAGACAUGAGCUAAUUGUAUCCUGAUCUUUGCCUUGAGGGGUUUCGGAGCCCUGGAGCAAGUAUCCUCUGUAUUUUGUUCUGUCUACCUUAGCCAAGCUAUUGCAUUUCUCACCGGUGUAGGAAGAGAGGCAGAUCGUGGGCCAAAUCGGAGGGGAAAGGUGCACAUAAAAAAGAUUCUUUGUGCCGCUCAAUGUUUCAGUCUGAUCUGGAAUGGACGAAACGGAUAUUAUGGACUUGACGCACCAGAAAGCGAAGAAGCGAGCGCGUCCGGCGGGCUCCGUGGACGAGUCUGUUCACGCGGCGCUGAAGCGGCUGCCGAUGCGGGACUGCAGGGAGAUGAUGUACGCCGUCCGGGGGGAGCCCAUCCCCGCAGCGUCGCUCAAGCAAAAUGACCACUCCGUCACCUCCUCGCCGAACACAGUUAUGCAGGCUCAGGAUAAUCGCUCCAGCAUGUCCAGGCCCAUGAUCACGCGGUCACCUGUGUCUCCCUUGAGUAAUCAGGGCAUCCCUACACCUGCACAGCUCACCAAGUCCAACGCACCUGUGCACAUCGAUGUAGGCGGACACAUGUACACCAGCAGUCUGGCCACCUUAACAAAAUUUCCAGAAUCCCGAAUUGGUCGUCUCUUUGAUGGCACAGAGCCUAUAGUGCUGGACAGCCUGAAGCAGCACUACUUCAUUGACAGGGAUGGACACAUGUUCCGCUACAUCCUCAACUUCCUCAGGACGUCCAAGCUCCUCAUUCCAGACGACUUCAAAGAUUACAGUCUGCUGUAUGAGGAGGCUCGAUACUUUCAGCUUCAGCCCAUGCUCUCUGAGCUGGAGCGCUGGCGUCAGGACCAGGAGUUGGCCCGGGUGUCCCGGCCCUGCGAGUGCUUGGUGGUGCGAGUUGCACCCGACCUGGGCGAGAGGAUCACACUCAGCGGUGACAAGGCCCUGAUUGAAGAUGUGUUUCCAGAGAUUGGCGAUGUCAUGUGUAACUCUGUGAAUGCCGGCUGGAACCAUGACUCCACGCACGUCAUCCGCUUCCCACUUAAUGGCUAUUGUCACCUCAACUCUGUCCAGGUUCUAGAGCGUCUCCAGCAACGCGGCUUCGAGAUCGCAGGCUCCUGCGGUGGAGGCGUGGACUCAUCCCAAUUCAGUGAGUACGUCCUGAGGAGGGAACUGAGGAGGACAAUUCAACGAGGACCCAAUUCAAACAGGAUAAAGCAGGAACAGCUGGACUAGAACCCUCCCGAGCAGUAGGAGGUGCUAGACUUUUCUGUAGCAGCCAAAUGUGUGAAGCUGCAGAGCUCUGUGGACUAUUUUUCUUCAUUUCCUUGUUGAUGUUUUUGUUUUCUUAAACUUGAGAACCGUCUAGAGAAUAAAAAUGAAGUACAACAGGAGAUUUUUGCCAUGACAAUUUGAUAAGUUUGAGAUUAUAAAGACAUUUGUGAUUGUCCAGCCCCAUAGACCAAUUAAAAAUAAAAUACUUAUAUAUGCUGGAUCCUCAAACAAAGUUUGUUUUAAAACUUGGAGCCUGCAUUAGGUUCAUUAUGACUUCCUAAUAUACCCAUAUAAAUUAAAAGCCUUUUUAUUGCUGAUGUAGUGUGUUGCAUAGCUUGUCAUCAGUGACUUGAUUUCGUCGUCUCGCUGGCAUAUUGGCUCGAUUGAUUUUUAUUCCUCACUCUGCAGAGAUCACUUAUCUGUUGCUUACUCUCCACAAUAUUUCAGUUGUCAUAAACGGUUACGACACCAUCUUUUUUCACAAUUAACAAAAUGUGUAAUAUUGUGAUGCCGAUGAAGUGGUUUUACGUUUGUUGAGGUCUUUUUAAAGAUUUAGUCCAUGAAAUGGAAAGAGCAUCAAACUUUAACCUCAAAGACCUUCGACAUGCAGUUUAAAAAUAAUUUGUAAAUUAUUGUGUUACACUAUUUGCCUCAUUGGGGAGUAUGAGCUAGAACCCUCAUCUCCAACUUCCCUAAUUGGAUCAUAAUUUCCUUCUGAGUCAUGGCUUGUAAAUUUUCAUUGUAUAUGUGUUUGUGUUUUUUACAUUUUUUAAAAGCAAGUUUGUUGCCUAAGACAUGACUGAACAGAUUAAAAGCUUAUUGUACUACCCACAUUAAGAUGACUUUUAUUUGUAGCACAUAUUGAUAUGAAGUUGCAUAUGAAGCGUUUCCAAGAUUGCUGACACACCUACGCUCCCUAAUUUUAAGAGGAAUGUAGCAAAAAAAAAAAAAGUGAAAUAAAUCUCAGCUUAAGUUGU